AAGACAUUUUUACUAAACUCUUCUUCACACUCGUACACCUUUCCUCGAGUUCCGACAAUGGCUUCAGCUUCAGCGACAGCUACUCUUCUCAAACCCAGUUCUGUUCCAACGCAGCAUAAACCGGUCAUCACCGCCUCCGUAUCUCCUCCUCUUCCUCCUCCACGUCGUCACAACCUCCUCCGCCGCGAUGUACUCUCAAUAUCCGCCGCAUCGACGCUUCUUCUAACGCAAUCGCUCCCGUUUCUAGCUCCGUCGCCGGCUUCCGCCGCCGAAGACGAAGAGUACGUGAAAGAUACGUCGGCGGUGAUCUCCAAAGUCCGGACGACGCUCUCGAUGGAGAGGACGGAUCCUAAUGUGGCGGACGCGGUGGCUGAGCUGAGAGAAGCGUCGAACUCGUGGGUUGCCAAGUACAGGAAGGAGAAAGCUCUUCUCGGGAAAGCGUCUUUCAGGGAUAUCUACUCGGCGUUGAAUGCUGUGUCCGGACAUUAUGUGAGUUUUGGACCGACGGCUCCGAUCCCGGCGAAGAGGAAGGCGAGGAUUCUUGAAGAGAUGGAGACUGCUGAGAAAGCUCUCUCGAGAGGAAGAUAAAUCUACAGUGAGCCCUAACAAUUUCUUCUUCUUCUCUCAAGUACCUUGUUGAUGAAGUUUUCUUUUACCCUUAAAUGCAUAUUGGAUUAUAUGAGAAGAGAAAAAAAAAAUUUGAAUUUGCUCGUUUGUUUUUGUAAAACACUUUCAUGAUAAUUUACUUAAUUAUCAUUUACAAUAACGAAUUCCAUUUUCUAAUUGAA